AGGAGCAGAGAAGAGAGGAGCAGAGAUGAGAGGAGCAGUGAUGAGAGGAGCAGAGAUGAGAGGAGCAGUGAUGAGAGGAGCAGUGAAGAGAGGAGCAGUGAUGAGAGGAGCAGAGAAGAGAGGAGCAGUGAAGAGAGGAGCAGUGAUGAGAGGAGCAGUGAAGAGAGGAGCAGUGAAGAGAGGAGCAGUGAUGAGAGGAGCAGAGAUGAGAGGAGCAGUGAUGAGAGGAGCAGUGAAGAGAGGAGCAGUGAUGAGAGGAGCAGAGAAGAGAGGAGCAGAGAAGAGAGGAGCAGUGAAGAGAGGAGCAGUGAUGAGAGGAGCAGUGAAGAGAGGAGCAGUGAUGAGAGGAGCAGAGAAGAGAGGAGCAGAGAUGAGAGGAGCAGAGAUGAGAGGAGCAGUGAAGUCUCUCCUGCAUCAUAUUCCUACACACAUCACCUUUAACCCUGGAUACUGCUUUUAUAUAACAACAACAAUAAUAAUGCAAUUACUAAAGUGUGUGCAGGGAGGUAGGUCUGAACCCAAUCCCCCCCCCCACCUGCCCCACACCUCCAUUCCUCCACCCCACAGCUCACACACACUGAAGCUCUGACUUCUCCCAGAAGAUCAGCUGAGGAACCGCUCACAGUUCUCACUUUACUGACUAGAACCCUACAGAGUGUUUGGCCUUCAGAUGGAGAUGUGAGUAAAACUCUAUUUAGAAUUUACUUUUGACUUUUGUGUGUGUGUGUGUGUGUGUUCCUGAGCUGCAUUUACUGAGAUGAGAUGAGAGGUGUGUAACGUACACUCUCUGCUAAUGCCUCUGUUGUGGGUGUGAGAAUAAAUAAGAUGGAUACUUAGCAACACACACAUAUACUGACUACUUCCUGUCUAACACGCACACACACACGACUAAAAGCUUAUAUCAGACAUUAAUGGACUUUUCUCUACUCUCAGCCUCAGCAUUUUAGAGACUGAACAUUGAUUUCUGUAAGAUGCUGACUGGACAGACACACACACACACACACACACUUCCGUCCUGUCUGUGGGAAGAUUGCUUCUGCUCUCUCACUAAUGGACCCACUGGCAUCUGAUUUCAAUCCUCACUACCCCUAGUUCAACACUCUAUUAGAGCUCACUUGACCACUUGUCCAGGUAUUUUACUAGCUCUUACUGCACUACUGUCCACUUUACUUUGUGCAAGUGUGUGUGUGCGUGUGUGUGUGUGUGCGUGUGAAUUCCCAC